AAAACACCUUCUGGGGGCUGUUGUUUUACCAACCAUGAGUGAGGCGCCGUGCUGUCCCACGGGAGCCGCCUUCCCACGGGAGCCAUGGAGCUGGGGCUCACUCCCAGGGUUAUUCGACUUAAGCAUUCUGGCUCUUUCCUAUCCUUUGCUGCCUCAAAAAGAGCCGGCCCUGCUCGGCUCUGCCCCAAACCCCAUGACCCGGCCCACGCACAUCCCUCUGGACUGGCCUGGUGGUCAGAGCCAGAAGUUCCUGGAACAAUGUUUGGGCUGCUGGGGGCCUGUGGGCUGCCUUCCACCUGAACCCUUGGCCUCUUCAAGACUGGUCGGGAGCCAGCAGGAGGCCAAGUCCCAGUGCUGGCUCCAGAUCCCUCCCACUUUGGACCUACAAGACCUUCAGCUCAGAGAGCAGUUCUGCACUCACCAUACCACACCCGUUCUAAGCCACAGCACGCAGACGUCACAAGGCCAAGAUCCAGAGAAGUCAGGGAAGGAAGCUACACUCUCGCCCCUGACGUGGCAGCAUGGAGCUGGUCCAGGACACCUCCCGCCUGCCACUGGAGUACAUGAAGGGGAUCCCUCUCAUCAAGUACUUUGCAGAGGGACUGGGGCCGCUGCAGAGCUUCCAAGCCUGGCCCAAUGACCUGCUCAUCAGCACCUACCCCAAAUCUGGCACCACCUGGGUAAGCGAGAUCCUGGACCUGAUCUACCAGGGUGGCGACCUGGAGAAGUGUCAAAGAGCCCCCAUCUUCGUCCGGGUGCCCUUCCUUGAGUUCAGGGUCCCUGGGGUUCCCACAGGUGCUGAGCUUCUGGAAGAUACACCAGCCCCACGGCUGAUCAAGACACACUUGCCCCUGGCUCUGCUUCCCCCAACCCUGCUGGAUCAGAAGGUCAAGGUGGUCUACGUUGCCCGCAAUGCAAAGGAUGUGGCCGUCUCCUAUUACCACUUCUACCGCAUGGCCAAGGUGCACCCUGACCCUGGCACCUGGGACAGCUUCCUGGAGAAGUUCAUGGCUGGGGAAGUGUCCUACGGGUCCUGGUACCAGCACGUGCAGGAGUGGUGGGAGCUGAGUCACACCCACCCUGUUCUCUACCUUUUCUAUGAGGACAUAAAGCAGAACCCCAAAAGGGAGAUUCAGAAGAUCCUGGAGUUUGUGGGGCGCUCUCUGCCAGAGGAGACCGUGGAUCACAUCGUCCAGCACACGUCUUUCAAGGAGAUGAGGAAGAACCCCAUGACCAACUACAGCACCAUACCCAUCAAAGUCAUGGACCACAGCAUCUCUGCCUUCAUGAGGAAAGGCAUCACUGGGGACUGGAAAUCCACCUUCACUGUGGCCCAGAAUGAGCGCUUUGAAGCCGACUAUGCCGCGAAGAUGGCAGGCUGCAACCUCCACUUCCGCUGGGAGCUGAGUGGUGCUCAUCAGGAUGAGCGUGAAACAAGCCUCAACAAUAAAAUCUGAUGUGUGUUAAACAGAG